GGGUCAGGGAAACUAAGGUGUGGAGAAUUAGGGCAAACAUAACCUAAUGUUAUGGGGACUAUAGAGGGGACUAGGGGUCCUCCCAGAAGGAGCUCAAGUUUGACCAGAGAGGGUCCUGGAGGCACCCGGAGGCUCUGCGCUCCCAGGGGUGGGUGAGAUUACCUGACGUAGGAAGAGCAACGUUGAUAGACUUUCAGGUAUUUUCGGAGAUGUCCCAUGUAUUGAUCGUUAGGAGGGGAGUGGGAAGAAAUUCUUCUAUCACAGGGACAACUUCCAGCGAUGCUACCUUCAUUGCCAUCGCCUGAGCGGGACCGAGGUUGUCAGCACAGGUUCCCCGGUUCAGGGGCUCACGCAGCGGUAAACUUAGCCUCCAACCCACAGCCCCACUGCAGCCUCUCCCCUAGACCCGGGGAUCUGAGCCCCUCCCACCCCCCGGGCUCAACUCACACAUUACACUCCCCAACCACGUCCAUAAUCACACCUGGACCCUGGUGUUCCCCAGCCCGUCCCCAACCCCAGGCAGCUGGCCCUCCCCCUGCCCCGGCUGCCUUGGGGACCCUGGCUCCCCACUUAUUCAACUCAACCCCGCGGCCCUCGUGCCCCCCAUCCCCUUCCCUGGAUUCGGGGAUCUGGGCACCAGCCGGGCCCCUGACGAACCUGGAGGAGUGUGGCACGCUAGAAAGAGUAGGAGCAAGAGGAACCGGAGUUCCCAGCCCAGCAUCAUCUCGGGCCCGCCUCGCCCUGUCUGACUCCCAGACGUGCUCCGGAGCCUGACGUCCAGCCGGUUUCUCAAUGGCUUUCGCUUCCUUCUCCCGCCACGCCUGAGAUUCUGCGGGAGACGGCGGCCGUCGGCACCAAGGCCCGGCCGAGGCGGGGCGCGAGGUGGCGGCGCCUCCUUCUGGGCGCCCUCACCGUCUCGAACUGGUAAGUGCGGUCAGUACCGUUUUAACCGCGUGAUCGCCGGCCUGGGGCGGCGGGGAAACUCCGGGAGGCGGAGCUCCUCCGCCCGCGCCCCCGCACCCAGCCCAGAGCCCCGUCGAGGGGGCAGCCAGGAAUGUUUGAAGAAGGCGAAAGAAAGCGGAAGAAAGUCCAGGCUGCAGGGCCAGGAGCGGCGGGCGGGCACUGCCCACUAGGCUGAUCCGGUUCGGCCCGGGGAUGCCAGCCCCGCCCGCCCGCCCUCCGCAGGUCAGUCGGCUGGACCUCCUCCUUCGAGAGGCUUUCACUUUUCGGGCUCGGGUCCGGCGCACGGGGAUCCAGUCACAUGGCUGGAGUGACCGCGGCAGAUGAGUCCGCGCGCCCAGCAGCGCAGACACUGCCCUGAGCGCCUCUGCGCCGCGCAAGACACGGGGAGCGUGGCAACCCGAGGAGCCGGCGGGGGGCUCGGGCAGCCUGACGUCACGCCCCACCCCGAGGUAUUUACCUUCGAAAAGUGGUGGCGGCUGCAGUCUGGGCCCAGGCCUUGUGCCCCUGAAGACAUGGAGUUUGUGUCUGGAUACCGGGAUGAGUUCCUUGAUUUCGCUGCCCUCCUCUUUGGCUGGUUCCGCAAGUUCGUGGCGGAGCGCGGGGCCGUGGGGACCAGCCUUGAGGGCUGCUGGCGGCAGCUGGAGGCUCAGAUCAGGAGGCUGCCCCAGGACCGCGCCCUUUGGGUGCUCCACGUCUUGCCCAACCGUAGUGUGGGCAUCAGCCUGGGGCAAGGGGCAGAGCCAGGCCCUGCACCAGGCCUGGGGGCUGCCCGGCUCCUGGGAGACGAGCCCCCACUCCACCUGCGGGACCUAAGCCCCUAUGUCAGCUUUGUCAGCCUGGAGGAUGGGGAGGAGGAGGAGGAGGAAGAGGAAGAAGAAGAGAAUGGAGAGGAGGAGGAUACAGGCACAGAGAAAGUAGACACAGAGGAGGAUGGGGAGCCAGCCCCUACCAGCAGGGAGUCCCCACAGGAAGCAAACCCCCCAGGGGAGGCAGAGGAGACCGAGCAGGAGGCAGGACGUCGCGAGGUUGGCUGCCAAGAGGACAGGGCGGAGGACAAACCAGGGCCUGAGAGGAGGAAGGGACAAAGAAGUGAGGCGGCCCCCCUGCACCUUUCCUGCCUCCUACUGGUGACGGAUGAACAUGGCACCAUCUUGGGCAUUGACCUGCUGAUGGAUGGAGGGCAGGGGAGUGCAGGCAGGGGCUCAGGGACACAGAACCUGGCUCCUCGGGCCUAUGCUCUCCUCUGCCACAGCAUGGCCUGCCCCAUGGGCUCUGGAGACCCCCGAAAGCCCCGAAAGCUUACUGUGGGAGACGCCCAGCUGCAUCGGGAGCUGGAGAAUCUGGUCCCAAGGCUGAGAGUGAAGCUAGCCAAGACUCCGAUGCGGACAUGGGGUCCCCGGCCCGGCUUCACCUUUGCCUCCCUUCAGGCUCGAACCUGCCAUGUUUGUCACAGGCAUAGCUUUGAAGUGAAGCUAACUCCCUGCCCCCAGUGUGGCGCUGUCUUGUACUGCGGAGAGGCUUGUCUCCGGGCUGACUGGAAGCGAUGCCCAGAUGAUGUGAGCCACCGAUUUUGGUGCCCAAGGCUUGCAGCCUUCAUGGAGCGGGCCGGAGAACUGGCAACUCUGCCUUUUACCUACACCGCAGAGGUGACCAGUGAAACCUUUAACAAGGAGGCCUUCCUGGCCUCACGAGGCCUCACUCGUGGCUACUGGACCCAGCUCAGCAUGCUGAUUCCAGGCCCUGGCACCCCCGGGCACCCAAGGGGCAGCACGCCAUCCCUCAGCAUUCUUCUCAAUGGAGAUCCCUACCAGCUUCUUCAGGGGCAUGGGCCUGCUCUGAUGCCUCCUGUGCCCCCAGAUCCACCCAGGGGCCUCUUUGGCUCGUGGCAGGAUUACUACACAUGGCGGGGCCUCAGCUUGGACUCCCCCAUGGCUGUGCUUCUCACCUACCCGCUGACUGUGUACUACGUCAUCACCCAUCUGGUGCCCCAGUCCUCUUAUCACCCAGUCCCUGAGCUCAACAUCCAGAACAAACAGUCACUGAAAAUCCAUGUGGUGGAGGCUGGGAAGGAGUUCGACCUCAUCAUGGUGUUUUGGGAGCUCUUGGUCUUGCUCCCCCACGUGGCCCUGGAGCUGCAGUUUGUGGGUGACAGCCUGCCCCCUGAGAGUGACCAGCAGCAUUUUACCCUGCAGAGGGAUGACCUCGAAGUGUCUGUCCGUCCUGGUUCUGGGGUAUCAGCACGGCUCAGCUCUGGGACUAAGGAAAAGGGGGGCCGCAGGGACCUGCAGAUCAAGGUGUCUGCACGGCCCUACCACCUGCUCCAGGGGCCCAAGCCUGACUUGGUUAUCGGAUUUAACUCUGGCUUUGGUCUAAAGGACACUUGGCUGAGCUCGCUGCCCCGGUUACAGUCCCUCCGAGUGCCGGCCUUCUUCACCGAGAGCAGCGAGUACGGCUGUGUGAUGGACGACCAGACCAUGGCGGUGGCCACGGGAGGGGGCACCAGCCCUCCACAGCCCAACCCUUUCCGCUCCCCCUUUCGCCUCAGAGCGGCGGACAACUGUAUGCCCUGGUACUGCAACGCCUUCAUCUUCCAUCUGAUCUACAAGCCUCCGCAAGGGAUCUGGGCCCGCCCCGCGCCAGGGCCCGCGCCCCCCGCCCCAACUCCUAGCGCUCCUCCCGCCCCCGCCCGUAGGCGCCGAGGAGAAAAGAAACCUGGGCGGGGGGCCCGGCGGCGGAGGUGAGGGCGGAGAGGUAGCAGUCCACCCCCUCCCCUAACACGCCUCAGAAAGGAACACGAAACAGGCGAGGUCAAGGGGGAGGCCAGGUGGCGGAACACGAAAAGGUAAAUAAAGUUACUUGUUUGAAA